AUGACUCCAGUCUCUUAUCCUAAGACGGAGAAGGGCUCUGCCUCGCGCAAGAGGGAGAAAGCAGAUGCUGAUCCCACUGCAGCGUCGGGGAAGGGGUCUCAACCGCUUUUCACCAAGAUGAGUUCGACCGUCAAGUUCCCGGUCAAAUCCAUCAAGUAUCACGGGUUGGAAGAAGACAUUUCGGUGGCUCGAGAGAUUUCAAUGGAGCCUGCGGUCACUUUGUUUCUGUCUUCAGCAUUCCUGAAGCUCAGACAGGGUGUCUCUACCGACGAGGGGCGAAGUCGCUCUUCCUGGAACAUCACGUUCCACAUUCACAAUAUCACGGUUGUCUCGCUUGGCGUGAAGAAGGAUGAGCUCAUCUACACGUUCAACUCCGCCUUCGAUCUCAAAGGCGAUGCGGAUACUGAAAAACAAGAGGAUCUCCCGAUGCCAUCAAGCUAUCCACUCGCAACAACACACUUGAAAAACCAGGUUGUUGUGAUUACCUUGGGUUUGCCCAACCCUAAGCUGUGGGAAAGGCAAUCCGAAAUUGUUUGCCAGGUUCUUCGCGCUGGUAGAUUGACCAUUUCCGAGGCCUUGCAGGCAUAUAUCACUACCAACCGCGAGGCUAUCAAUAAAGAGGCCGAGGAAGAACACGAAACCCUCGCCAUUUGCGGCUGCCAAGUCAAGGGCGUUGCGGUUGGAGAGCGAAUUCUCUUGGGAAUAUGGCCCAAGGAAGAACGCCCAUUCCGUCUUUAUAGAGGCUGCAACCUAGUGCUCCGCGGUGAGCAGUUCUUCCAAAAGGAAGAUGCCAAGGGCAAUCGCAUUCGUGGUCAGAAGGACGUCUCCGAAGACUUGAUGGCCGAGGUAACCGAGGACUCUCCCAAGGGCUAUCGCAUUCGUGGUCAGAAGGACGUCUCCGAAGACUGGAUGGCCGAGGUAACCGAGGACUCUCCCAAGUGGACGGCCUUGAUCGAUGCCCCCGUGCAUGCGGUCCUCCUAAAUCAAGUGAGCGUCACGCUUGUUGACAAGGUCAAAGAGGACAACGUCAAGGUCCACCCGGUCUCCAACCCCAUUGUGCAGAUGACAAUGCUGACGGCCACAAAAAAGCUCUCUGAGCACUGGGGGGACGAAAGCUUCGACGCAAUAUGCAGAGAGUUUGAGGAUCACGAGGCCAAACUUCCCGACGACCACAAGAAUACCCUCACGCUCUCCUCAAUGUUCCUGCCCUCCGCUCCCCGGGUGAAUACCCACAACCCAUUGGACGCCUCCCUGGAUCUCACCAAACUGGUGCCGCAAAACUGGAAGCUCACCGAGGCGCAGACCAAAGCAGCUACUCAGUUGCUGACGCACACUUUCUCCCUUGUGGUUGGACCUCCCGGAACAGGGAAGACUCAAACGGUUGCCGCAGCCACGAUGCUCAUCACGCAGAUCCUGCACCUGCGUGGGUCGGUAGGAAAGGCCAGAUUGGCCGUCCUAUUGCCGACCCACGCAGCAGCUCACGCGGUGUUGCAGCAAUUGUCCGCGGCGUUUACACGCUAUGAAUACGGAGCCAAAAAAGUCAUACGUCUCCGGAGCAGGGCGGAUUCCCACUCGCGCCUCUUCGCCAACACGACCCAUCCGUACGAUGAUAUCGAGAGAAUGAUCGCUCUUGCCAGGGAGAGCCCUAGGGAGUACAGCCAAUUUCUUAAGGGCAUCGACAGCCUCCGCGCCUCCGGCUGGGUGAAGAACGAGAAGGAAUUCAAUAGGGAGCGGUCCAGGCUCAUGCAAUCCGUGAUGGAGGAAGCUCAGGUUGUGGUGACCCUGCCACUAAACCUCAAAGCGAUGCUUCAGCGAAAGUUUAACCCUCAAUUCGUCAUCUUUGACGAAGCAAGUUUCUUUCGUGACCCGGAGCUCUUUUCUAUCCUGGGCCAGCUGAGGGCCGAUGUCCGUGUGCUCUUCACCGGCGACCCCAAGCAGUUGUCGCCGCCUGUCUUUACUGAUGAAGGAAGGACAGCGUGGGGUAUCUCGGCCUUUGAGCGCAUGUGCGACAAGAAAUACACCCACACGCUCCUUGACAUCUCAUUCCGGUCUCACAAGGUCAUCUACCAGCCAACCUCGGUGGCCUACUACGAGGGCAAGGUCAAGCCAUUCCAUGACAAGCCCCCCAGGAAUGCCAGACUCAACCAGGCGAGCCCCCUUGUGGUCCAAAUUGGGAACCACACCUGGACCAUUCCGGGGGUUUCCCAUUUCCUCCACCUUGAGCACACCCAAGGCGACACGGAAAAAGAUCCCUCGGGAUCUUUGCGCCACCCCCGAGAGGCUGAGCUUGGGGUCACACUGGCCAAACGCCUUCAGGAAUCUGGCGCCCGGGAUAUCCUCAUCAUAUCGCCAUACCGGGCUCAAGUGGCCCAGAUUAAAAAGAUCUGGGACCAGAAAUAUCCCCAAAGCCCGAUCCGCCCCAGGGUCCAGACCGUCGACGCAUCCCCAGGCUCCGAGGCUGACGGAGUUAUUGUGCUAAUCACGCGCAACACCGGCGGCCCCGGGUUCCUCCAAUCUACCAAGAGGACCAACGUGAUGCUGUCGAGGGCCAGAAUGGCCCAGUACAUCGUCGGCAACUGGAACUGGGUUGGGGGCAAGAGCUUCACGAAGGACGCGGGAAAAUGCUAUGCCUACCUUGAGGAGGCCGAGCGUGUCUUGCGCGAGGAGAUUAACAUAGAGUAUGUCGUCUGUCCAUUAGUGGAGGAGGGAACGUUGGGGAGGGACCGGAGCGGGUGA